AUGGAGGUCGCCGGCAAGAAUCCCUCUGGAGUCAAACCCUUUUACUGGAAGAAAGGCAUCGAUCCUAAAGAAACGACCCGCCCUCCACUCAUUCCCAAUCGUCAAGAGACAAUGGAUGGGAUGGACAUUACUUGGGAUGUGCCUGUCACAAUGCGUGAUGGGGUCAAGGUCUACGUGGAUGUAUUCCGCCCUCAAGGUGUCACUGAGAAACUGCCUAUCAUCUUCACCUUCAGCCCGUACGGCAAACACGGCCCCAAGACUUUUGACAUUUUCCCCGGUGCGGAUGUGCCGCCCGGUUGGGUCUCUAAAUAUGCGGUCUGGGAGAGUAUAGACCCAGUGGUCUGGACAAAGAAAGGGUACGCGGUGAUCAACGGUGACAGUCGCGGCUCUUGGGGGUCUGAAGGGGACCUUGAAAUCUUCAGCCAGCAGGAGAGCCGGGACGGACACGACUGCAUCGAAUGGGCUGGUACUCUGCCCUGGUCCAACGGCAAGGUGGGCAUGGUAGGGGUUUCGUAUCUGGCAAUCGUGCAGUGGGGAAUUGCGGCCCAGAAUCCGCCUCAUCUUGCCUGCUUCAUGCCCUGGGAGGGCUUCACCGACUUCUACCGCGACUAUACGCACCAUGGCGGCAUCCCAGAGACGAGGUUCCUUCAUUUCACCCAGUGGUCGUGUCGAAGCGGCGUCAACCUGGUUGAGGACCUGAUCGCCAACAACAAGGCCCACCCUUUGCGGGAUGACUACCACCGGUCCAAAUGCGUGCAAGACUUGCCCCGCAUAAACGUGCCGGCCUACGUCGUUGCAGACUGGGGCGACCACGGCAUGCACACUCGCGGCACUCUCAACGGCUUCAUGGGGAUCAGUUCCAAGGAGAAAUGGCUCGAAAUCCACGGCCGCAAGAAGUGGCGAUACUUCUUCGAGCCGGAGAGUGUCCGUCGGCAGGAAGCCUUCUUCCAGAAAUUCCUCAAAGGCCAGACAAGCGAGGUUGAUAACUAUCCGCGCGUGCGCCUGGAGGUCCGAGACCGCGCAUGGGAGGGCACGUUUCGCAAUGAACAGGAGUGGCCCCUUGCCAGGACCAAGUACACGACGAAAUACCUUGACGCCCGGUCGCGGUUGCUCGUCGACGAGCUGCCGGCCUCCGUCGCCGUAGCUACUUACAAUUCUCGGGUGACGGACGACUGCGUCAUGUUCCAUUACCGAUUCUCUCAGGAAACCGAGCUGACCGGCACCAUGCGGCUACGGCUGUGGGUGUCAACCGACCAUGGCGAGGAUAUGGAUCUGUUCGUGCAGCUCGACAAGCUCGAUCGCGAGGGCAAGGUCACCCCAUUCGUUGCGUUCUCCAUGAUUGAUGAUGGCCCGUUGGGUUUGGGCUGGCUUCGUGUCAGUCACCGCGAAUUGGAUAAAGCAAAGACAACCAUCAGCUGUCCAUUCCAUCUCCAUGAGCGCCGACUGCUCCUACAUCCAGGUGAGGUUGUUCCUGUGGACAUCGAAAUUCUCCCCACGUCGACACUUUUCCACGAGGGUGAGGUGCUCCAGGUGCGCAUCCAAGGUAAUGAUAGCUUCCGACACAAGACACCGGACGUCGUACAAUUCCACGAAGAGACAGUCAACGAAGGCAAGCAUGCCAUUUACUCAGGCUGCACUUAUGAGUCAUACUUGGUCCUUCCAGUCGUAGUCUAG